CAUAUUUCAAAAGUAUAAACAUCCUGUGAGAGAGGCACUUGGUGUGCAGAGAUUGAAUAAAACCAUGUCACAAUGUAGUCAUUGAUUCCAGUGUUCCUUGAGAUGGACCACACAGUUCUUUUUAUUGUUGGCCUCCAGCUUUGUGGAACCAGUGUGGAAGCAUAGUUUGUGGAUUCAUCUGUAAAACUUACUGAGAAGGUGAAACUACAAUGUAUAUAUCCAAAAAAAAGAGUGAUAAUCCAGUCAUCCUGGAUGAAAAUUACUCAUAAAGAAAAUUCAGCUGUCUUACAUCCAACCUAUGACAUUCAUAGAAAAGACAAAUAUAAUGGAAGAAUUUAUUUUGUAAAUCCUUCCAGUGACAAGUCCUCAUCCUUCAUCAAGAGCACUUUGAAAGAUGAUGAUCUUUACAUUUGCUUCAUUGUAACUACCCCAGAUGGAAUUUUGAAAAAGAGAAUAGGAAUUAUUCAGGCAGAUGCUUUUGAAGUAUCUGAGAAACAAAAUAAUACCAUGUUUACCAAAGCAGGAAGAAAUGUUAUUUUUUUCUGCCUUUAUAAAAUUGGAGAUUCGGUGCAGCAAGCAACGUUGGAAAGGAUUAAAGCAAAUUGAGUAGAUAUUGUCAUUCUGUGCAACUCUUCAGGAAAGCAAAGUUUUGUUUCAGAUUUCAAAGAGCAUACACUGGUGGAUUGUUCUCAUCAGGCAAACUCCAGGAUUUUCUUUCGAAACAUUACAGCCUCUGACUUUGCAAUGUACUACUGUGUAGCUGCUGAAAGAAACGAAACCUGUAUGAUGAGUUCUACUGUGGCUGCAACUUGGGAUCACAAAUGGUUUAUUACCUAUAUAGCUGGAGGAAUUUCUCCUGCUGUUUUGCUGUUAGUUUUCCUAUUGAUCUUCUGCAUCAUCACUGUUUUUUGCAAAAAAAAGAAGAGCAAGAGGAUCAUAGAGGCCUUAUCAAAAAUUUUGUGCUCUAUUCAGACCUGGCCUGCUAACAGUUAUAGGAGAUCCAAUUUUCAUGGCAUGCAUAGUAGGACAGAAAGAAGAGGAGAAGAAUCAUCACUCGGGUAG